AUGCUCUCCUCCGACCAACCUCAUCAUUCUCCUUGCAACCAUCCACCAUCUUACUUCCACCACCCUUCUAACUGCUUUCCAUUUCUUUCUAUAAACCAAUUUUUCGAAACGUACCAUAAUUCCCCGCCCAACCAUCCAUUUUUUUUUUGCCUUUUUCUUCCUUUUUUAUCUUCAUUCUUAGCAUCGCCAUGUCAGUCGUUUCCGAGAAGCACACCUAAUAAUUAUUCCCGUCAUAUACCGUUUCUAUCUAUCGAUCUAUCUAUCUAUCUAUCAUGGUCGGCGGUCGCCUGUUGUCGCUGCUCCUGCAACCGUAAUUGUCCACAUUUAUCUGUCUGUCUAUCUAUCUAUCUAUCUAUCUCAUCGUUGCAUAUCUAUCUAUCUAUCUAUCUAUCUAUCUAUCUAUCUAUCUAUCUAUCUAUCUAUCUAUCUAUUUAUCUCAGUAUAUAUAUAUAUCUUCUUUCAUCUUUUCGUCUCUCUCUCGCACUCUCUCUUCAUCUCUGUCUGUCUAUACGUUUCCUCUCUAUCUAUCAAUCUAUCUAUCUAUCUAUCUAUCUCUUAAACGUACAUUAUCUAUCUAUCUAUCUAUCUAUCUAUCUAUCUAUCUAUCUAUCUAUCUAUCUAUCUAUCUAUUCUUUGAGGAUAUCUAUCUGUCUGUCUGAAUCUUACACACUUCUAUCUAUCUAUCUAUCUAUCUAUCUAUCUAUCUAUCUAUCUAUCUAUCUAUCACAGUCUGUUCAAAUAUGUAGUUUCUUCACAUCUAUCGGCAUAUAUUUGAAGAUGCUGCACAUAUAUAGACGAGUACAGACAAUUUUAUCUAUCUAUCUAUCUAUCUAUCUAUCUAUCUAUCUAUCUAUCUAUCUAUCUAUCUGA